CAAUGGUUUUUUUUUAAGAAGAAAAAGAACUGUACUAUAUUCUUUUUAACAUCUUUCCUUCUCUUUUUUUUAAUUUAUUUAUUUCUCUAUUCCAAUUUUAUAUUAUAAUGCCAUUACCACCUUUAACUGUUCCUGCUAAUGUUCCUGAAAAAGUGAAGACUAUUUGUAUCUUUUGUGGUGCUGGUAAUGGUGGUGAUCCUAUCUAUGUACAACAUGCUGAAGAGGUGGGAAAGACACUUGCAAAAAACAAGUUUGAUCUUGUUUAUGGUGGUGGUUCUGUAGGGAUUAUGGGGGCUGUGGCAAAAGCAGUUCUAUCUGAAGGUGGUCACGUUCGAGGUGUUGUGCCUGACCCCUUGUUCCGUCAUGGGUCAAAACAAAUUGCUACUACUAUUGAUUUGGUACCUGAUAUGCAUACUAGAAAGAAAACUAUGAAUGAUCAUAGUGAUGCUUUUGUAGUAUUCCCUGGUGGUUUCGGUACUAUGGAAGAAAUGUUGGAAAUGAUUACUUGGUCUCAACUCAAUGUUCACUCAAAGCCUAUAAUUUUAGUCAAUACUAAGGGGUACUUCAACUUGUUUGUCCAAUGGGUACAAAUGAUGAUUGAUGAAAAAUUCAUUGCUGCUGGAAAUCGAGAUAUCUUUGUUGUUUGUGAUACAGCUGAACAAGUAAUAGAAGCUCUUGGAUCUUACAAGGCACCUACUUCUCGAUAUGGAUUAGAUUGGAUUAAGACAGACCCCAUCAAGAUGUAGUUUUAGUAUUUUUUUUUUUUUGUUUAUUAUCAUUCCUCAUUUGUGUAAAUAAACUAUAGAAGAUGAUUUUUUUGUUAAA